CAAUUAUAGCACGCUGGCGGAUUUUUUUAUGGACUGACGACGGACGCAUACCGCGUUUGAAUUUUGUUCAUCUUUUAGCAAUUAAAACAAAUAAGGAAAAUGCCGGACGAAUUCAGUGUCAAGCUGUGUAAGCUUGUGCAGAGGCACCCUGAACUUUACGACAUAUUCAAUGAAAGUUUUCAUAACGAAGAGGUGAAGAACAACGCUUGGCAUGAGAUCGCGCAGGACCUGGGAGUGCAACAGUCUAAGUGCGUGAUCAAGUGGAAGUCUCUGAAACAUCAGUACGUGAAGGCAAAGAAAGAACCGAACACUACGUGGGACCUGUGGCCUUUUCUUCAGUUUCUCGACGAUACAGCAGCAGCGAAAAGCGCGCCCAAGAAGCGUAAGCGCGAAAGUACUGCCACACCGAUGAAGAUGGAAAUUCCUGUUGCAGACAUCGAGAUGCCCAGUGCUGCGAGUGCUGACACGGAAAAGUUGGAAACACAGACAGCAGCAACCAGGGGUACUCGCUCGACACGGACUUCCUCUAUCCACAGUCAAACGGUUGUCACAUCUUCGAAGAGUGUUUUUUCCAGCACUGAAGCUGGCGUGCUGCUGCAGCCUGCGACCAUCGCUUCAAAGGCAAGUCCCGAAAAGAAAGAAACAAAGCGAGCUACGACAAGGACUGCUCGUUCAAAAAGGGCUUCCUCGGCGCACGACGACACGGUCGGUGAAUUGGAUAGCACCGAGACAGGCACGCCGCUGCAGACUGUGGAUGAAGCACCAGAACCAGUCAUACCUCAGCCAAGCAGCAAGCUACCUGAGCCUGUGUUACCUACACCAACCAAAGGUGCCACUCGUAGACAGAGUGCGCGGGCUUCCACGGUUCACCUUGAUACAACUGUGGCUUCUACAACACGUGGAGUGAAUGGUGCUUCAUCUGGAACACCACUUAAGGCUGGGACUGCCUACUCGCAAGGGACAGCCAUGGCAUCAACCACGAUGGCCAUGCAGCCAGAAGUUGUCCUGUCACGCAUCCCUGUGCUGUCUGCCAAGCUCAUCCGAGAAGGAAAGCCUGUAAUACUGCCAGCGGCAAGUCCAGAGAAAGCUACAGUGUCGGAUGUGAUCCGCAAGGAGAUCCCCAGAAAAGCUGCCGCAGCAUCACAAGCACCAUCCAAGGGCAGAGUGAGCAACACACCUCGGGGAAGACGAAGCAUGAGGGCUGCACCUGCUGAAAUUAUUCCAGAAGAGGAGGUUGACAGCUCAAAUGUUGAACCACCUCAGCCCAAACGUCCAAGAAUUGAAGGAAAUGGCGUUGGUGCUGAUGACCAAGAAGAUGCACUUGCAGGCAUGAAGUUUGAUACUGCACUGAACCAGAAGUUCUUCAAACAGCUGCAAGAAAAGUUUGCUAAGCUCAGGCCAGAAGUUGUAUCAACCAUGAAGGCCAGCAUCUUUAAAAUGCUCGAUGAAGCAGCGAAUAAUUGAAAUGUAAAACUUGAGAUCACAAGUUUCUCUGCAGCUGUGUUUUAUAUUUUUUCAUGUGCUAGAUCGAAAGAGUACCUUAAUUUCAUAAAUCAAAUCACUUUCUUGCACAAAGCAGAAUUUAUCUGGAGCUAUAGAAGAACUAUGCUUUGUUUGGCAACACUUUGUACUCAUUUACAUCUAUUUUACUACAGGUACAUGUAUUAGUUUUUUUUUUUAUGUUAACAUACAUUUAGAUUGGUGCACUAGUAUUUUAUCUGUUUUAAGAUCUCAGGUACUGCAGAGCCAAGUGUCUUUUGUGACAUGUUGUUCAAUAAAAAAUUGAAUUCACAG